AGCAAACAAAAUCUAACCCCAAUUAUAUACAUCUAAUUCCCUAUAUACCAAGUCCCUAACGGCGUGAACAAAAUCUAACCCCAAUUAUGAACCCACCCGUUUAAAGCCGUUAACUCCCCUCCCUGUUCUCACCUUCUUCUCCGUCUCCGUUUUACCGGCGGUCUCAAAUCAAUGGCUACAAACUCCGGCGGCAGCGACACCCCCCUCAAAUCCCAACCUGAACCUAUCCCCGCACCGGAAAAUCAAAACCCCCAAACUUUCAAUUCGUCCCCAAACCCCAUUCCGGUCACCCAUUCCAAGUUUCCGACUCCUGCCACCGUUAGUUCACGGCCAAAGGAAGUUAAUUCGGUGCCUGAAUCUGAUGUUAUUCAUGUUCCUAGCUAUUCUAGGUGGUUUUCUUGGAACAACAUUCACGAAUGUGAGGUGCGACAUCUGCCAGAAUUUUUUGACGGAAAGUCACCAUCUAAAACCCCAAAAGUUUACAAAUACUACAGAAACACAAUAGUUAAAAAAUUCAGAGACAGUAUCAAAGAGAACCCACCAUCUAAAGAAAACCCCACGCCAAAAAUAACGUUCACUGAGGUCCGUAAAUGCAUAAUUGGAGACGUGGGGUCCGUCCGGAAGGUUUUCGAUUUCUUGGAAUCAUGGGGUUUGAUUAAUUACUUCGGCCCACCAAUGACAAAGGCUCAGUUAAAAUGGGAAGAUAAAGAAAGUAAAAAUGUUACUGCAGCCGCACAGCCGAACAGUGAUCCAGCUGGCGCUAAUUUGGUCGGCGAUGCUAGUGCUGCAAAGAAGAAAUUUUGCAGUAGCUGCAAUUUGCCUUGCACCAUCGCGUGUUUUUCUAACAUUAAGAAAGAUACGACAUUUUGUGCAAGGUGUUAUGUUCGAGCUGGAGUUAACUCAGCAGAUUUUAAACGAGUGGAAAUCAGUGAAGAUGUAAAAGCUGACUGGACCGAAAAAGAGACGUUGCACCUUCUAGAAGCAAUUAUGCAUUAUGGUGAUGACUGGAAAAAGGUAUCAGAGCAUGUUGUUGGUAGAAGUGAAAAAGAAUGCGUAGACCGUUUUAUCAAGCUUCCUUUUGGAGAGCAAUAUAUUGGGCCUCCUGAUUCAGUUGAUCCUGAGGAAAUUUUUUGUAAAGGUACAGAUCAGCUUGAUACCGAAUCGAAUCCGAGCAAAAAGAUGCGACCCACACCGUUUGAUGAUGCAAGCAACCCGAUCUUGGCUCAGGCUGCUUUCCUCUCAACAUUGGUGGGUGUAGAGGUUGCAGAAAGAGCUGCUUCUGCAGCUGUAAAGGCUUUGACUGAAGUCAACAACGGAACGAGUAAAGAAUUUCUUGAAUCCUCUGCUGGUGAUGCGAGAAAUAAUGAUUCAGUAACGACCAAUGGUAAGAACAAUGCAAAUUCAUUUGAAGGAGUUUAUCUUGAAGCAAAAUCGCAGCUUGAGAAGGAGGAACAUGAGUUGGAGAGAACCAUAUCAGACAUUGUUGAAGUGCAGGCGAAGGAUAUCCAUGAUAAACUUGUUCAUUUUGAGGAGCUUGAACUACAAAUGGAGAGAGAAUGGCAGCAACUAAAACAAAUGCAGAAUCAGUUGUUUGCUGAUCAGCUAACUCUUUUGUUUAACAAAAAAACAAUGGAACAAAUAUGAGGCAAUUUGGAACAAAAAGUCAAAAUUGAGUUAUCUGACUUCACUUGUACAAUAGUGUUCUAGAUCUUGUAGUCCCCUUCAUUUCUACAAACUUCUUGAGAUUGAAGAAACUUUAAUUAGUGUAGAUUACUUGUUCAAAAAUUCAGAAUAUCAUAUUUAUUCUUCUCAUCUUGCA